GAUUAACUAUUUUUUGUACUACAAAGAUUGGUGAUACUUAAUGUAACUCAAAUAAUAAAUUAUUAAUAAAUUUAAUUAAAAAAAUCUAAAAAUUAAAAAAAUAGCAAUGAAUCUAAUUAAUUUUUUUAAUUUUUAGACCUUUUAAAUAACAAAUAUUGUUAUUUUUUAUUUUUAAAAAAACAAAAAUUAAAAAUUUUUUAAAAAGGGCCUGACCUGUCCGGUUCAUCAUAUCAGACCAAAUCGGGAUCGGCCGAGCAAUGAACCCAUCUCGGGUUACGGGCAUGGAACUCGUCCACUAGGUUCGGGCGAACAAGUGGACGAGUUAUUUGCUCGUCCCGAUUUAACCCGGGACGGGUGGACCGCCCGGUCGGUCAAUUUAUUUUUUUUAAUUUUCAAUUUUUUUUAUUUUCUCUCUAGUCAAAUUAUUUGAUUUGAAAAAUAAUAUGGAUAAAAUAGUCCAAUUUUAAAAUAUGUGGCUUCAAGUAAUAAAGGUAAUGGGUUUGAAAAUAAACACCCUUUUUUUUCAUUAAUUAUUUAUGUUUGAAUCUUCCCCCUACUUACGAGUUUGACACCAAACACCUGUUGGUGAUGGUUUACCUCCUACCCAAUUAAAGUUCGUAUAACUUGUUGCAAGAAAGAUCUAUCCGGCUCAAAAUCCAAAUGAGUCGGAGCAAUAAUUUCGAACAGUGAGUGUGUAAUAUUUUAAAAAAUAAAAAUAAAUGAAAAAGAAAGCAACCGGAACAUUGUUACAAAAAGAUCUCUUUGCUACACACUAAAGUUGAAGGCUCUGUUCCAAAGACCAUAUCUCUGUAUUCCAUACAGUCAACUACUCUCUCGAGACACAGAAUACAGAUCUAGAUAGAGAAUUUGAAAUGGCAGAAAUUGUGGUUUCUCUGGCACUGGAAACCAUUCGUGAUUUGUUACUCGAAGAAGUAAGGUUUCUAUCAGGUGUUUCAACCCAAGUGAAAGAGGUCCAACUCGAGCUCCAGAGGAUGAAAUGCUUCUUAGAAGAUGUGGACCGGAGAAAACAUGAUGAAGCUAUUGUCCGGAAUUACGUGAAAGAAAUCAGACAUCUUGCUUACAGAAUUGAGGAUGUUGUUGAGUCAUAUGCCAUUCAAGUUCCACUGGAAAGAAGAAGAAAUUUCAAAGACAGGCUGAAGCGUUUUUCUUGCAUUUUCAGAGAAGCCGGUGUUGCCCACAAGUUUGGGUUACAGAUUGAAGAUAUAAAACAAGAGAUCAGCCAUCUUACUGCCAUUUUGGACACUUAUGGAAUCAAAGCUGCUUUGGCAAGGGAGAGAUCUGAAGUGAGAGCUGAAAGUAAAAAAUGGUUAAGGCAAACUUUUGCGCACGACAUGGAGGAAGAUUUUGUCGGGAUGAAGGGCGAUUUAAGUCAGCUUGUAGCAUUACUGCUUGAUGAAAGGAGGCAACAUCGAAUCAUCUCGAUUUGGGGUAUGGGAGGUAUAGGAAAGACAACUCUUGCUCGGAAAAUCUAUCAUCAGGGCGACAUUAGGCGCGGCUUUCAAGCAUUUGCUUGGGUUUGUAUAACACAAGAAUGCAAUCCAAAGGAUGUAUUGCAAGAUAUCUUAAGGCAACUUCAUUCUACAACGGAGAAGAAGGCAGAGUUUUUGAGUAUGGGGGGCAGAGAAUUGGUGGAAGUGCUUUAUCAGGUUCAGAAAGAAAAGAAAUGCUUGGUUGUUGUUGAUGACAUUUGGAAAGAAGAUGAUUGGGAAAGCAUCAGACCUGCCUUCCCCACUGCAGAAUCAAACAGUAGAGUUUUGAUCACGACCCGGAAAGAAAACAUUGCCAAGGUAGGAUUCCCUUUUUCCCUUAAAUUUCUGAGCAAAGAUGAAGGUUGGGAACUGCUGCAAAAGAAGGCAUUUAGUAAGAGACAGCUAAGAGAAAGAAGAAUUGAAACUGAUCUAAUGGAACAUGUAGGCAGAGAAAUUGUGCAGAAAUGUGGAUACUUACCAUUGGCAAUCUCUGUCAUUGGGGGUGUUUUGAGUGAAAGGGAUUCUUUAGAUGCUUGGGAGAUCGUGAACAAAGAUAUGGAUUUGUAUUUGAAGAGAGGUAAGAACAAUGAAGGGGAUGGUCCAAUACAACAAGUUUUGUCAUUGAGUUACGAUGACUUGCCAUACCAUUUGAAGUCAUGCUUUCUGUACUUAGGUCAAUACCCGGAAGAUAUGGAAAUAGAUGUUGAGGAAGUGUGUUUACUGUGGAUGGCAGAAGGCAUAGUAUCAUUUAAGGAUCAAGGGAGACAUGAGAGUUUGAUGGAUGUUGCGCAACGUUAUUUUGGUGAAUUGGUUAGUAGGUCUAUGGUGCAAGUACGAGUUGAUUUGAUAACGAUGCAGUUUAAGUCUUGCUACAUUCAUGACCUCAUGAGAGAACUGUGCUUGGAGAAGAUUGCAGAAGAGGAGUUCUUCCACAUAAUGGAUUUUCGAGGAGGAAAACACCUAAAGUUGACACCUCCUAUGUAUCCUGUUAGUGUCCAUAGAUUAGGAAUUUACGAAUAUGAUUCAUCUAGUGGCGAAGGAAUUAUCCAAGAGUCAACUGAAAAACUAAGAUGUCUUUUCUUUCACACUUGGCACAUUGACACCACUCUGUCCAAGGAAAUUAACGAUUUGGGAAGAUUGAACCUUCUUAGGGCUGUGAAAUUUGAGAAAACAAAUCUUUGUGGAACUCUUGUACAUGAGGCAUUUGCCAAGUUGGUGCUGUUGAGGUUCUUAGGUUUGAAAAGUUGCAUUAUGGAAGAGUUGCCAUCAUGUGUAUGCAAACUUUCAUUCCUUCAGACUCUUGACCUUAGAGGUAGUUAUUCUGAACCUUAUACUCUUGAAAUACCCAAUGUCCCAUGGAAACUCAGGAGAUUGAAACAUUUAUACCUUCCUGGAAAGUACCAUAUCAAGGGAGGAGGAAUGUUACAGCUACAAGACUUGGACGAACUGGAGAUACUGUCUGGUUUUCAAAGUGGAGAAUCUGAAAUGUCAAGUCUAAAUGAGUUGAACAAUCUGCAGUGCCUCAUCAAUUCAACCCUUUCCGGGAAUGAGAGCCUCUCACAGAUCAUCGACAAUCUAGAGGCGAAAAGUUUGCAGAUGAUUAGUAUGAGUGUCGUGGAUUGCUGUUUCAAUUCAGGGCAGGGAUUUACUCUCCUGAGAAAGCUGAUGAUGACUCGAAAUAUUUGUGAAUUAGAUGUAACAGGAGUUACAAUUUCUGAAUUCCCCGAGUAUGAAUUCAACUUCUGCUUGAAUCUCAAGAUACUAAGAAUGGUGUACUGCACAAUCGAGAAAGAUCCGAUGAAAACUCUGGAGAAACUUCCACAAUUGAGGUGUCUUCAUUUGUGUCAAAGGUCAUUUCUGGGGAAAGAAAUGGUAUGCAGUGAAGGUGGCUUUCCACAACUUAAGGAACUUUGCCUUUUUGAUCUCCCCAGUUGGGAGACGUGGACGUUGCAGCAAGGAACCUUGCCUUGUCUUUCCACUUUGAGUAUUUCGCGCUGUCCGAAACUGGAGACAGUUCCAUAUGGAUUAAGAUUCAUCACUAGUCUCCAAACACUCAAAUUUCAUCGUAUGCCUGAAGACUUCCUCCAAGGAGUUCGAAAAGGAGGGGUGGAUUUUGACAAAAUCAGCAAUGUAAAUUCUGUCUACAUUUUCGACGAUUGAAACAUCAAACACAGGCAUAAAGGUGGAUAGUUGAAGUUUUAUAAUAUGCUUGUGUGGGUUAAUGCUUGGAGCAGUUGCACUAGAAUAGAAAAAGUGAGUCUGUUGGCAUGGCUAAUUGUAUCAUAUUUUUGUCUGAUAACUCUAAGACUUGUAGUUACAAAAGGUAGACUUUGCAGAAUGCAAAUUUUAAUUGGAAGUUCAUCAUCAUGAAAUGAGAAUAUAUAUAUAUAUAUAUGGUUUUCUUUUUUCGGC